GUCCCAGCAUGGCCGUUAUGGAACGGCUGCGCUGGGUGGCCCUUACACCCAGCCCAAAACAAAAACACAUUCUCUCCCGGUUUGGCGUGGAUGAUACUUAAUGUCAGUUCUUGAUCAAUCGAGCUGCGGUUCGUAUGUCGGUUUGCGUGCGGCCAGCAGUACCAGUCUGGUUGAUCAGGCCCUGGUCCACCAUGAGACUUGGUCAUGGACAUGGUCGCGGGGGCGUUGACCCCCGAAACACCCUCCAGAUGCUUCGUUCAGGGCUGCAGGGUCUGGCUGGUCUUCACCUGAGCUGCCCAGCUUGGGCUGUAUCCCGAGCAGCUCCAAGAACAUUGAUUGGCAGUCAUGUGGAGAAUAAAGCGUGUGCUGGUCCUCUGCUUCAGCAAGUUCGAACAACAUUCAUACUUAAGCGUAGGAAUAGAGUUGAAUUAGUUAAAGCUCACAAGGCACUUGGUAGCAGAAAACUGAAGAAUCGUCAUUUUAUAUAUGAAUUGGUUGAAGACACUAACUGCAAGAAGAGAAAACCAGUCAAAGUAAUUCUCAUGACCUCAGUCGAUGGUUUGGGUUCUAAAGGAAAAGUUGUGGAGAUGAGUCCAUUCAAAGCUCGCAACCAGCUUUUGUUGCAAGGUCUUGCAGUGUAUGCUUCACCAGAAAACUUGGAAAAAUAUUCUAAAUUAUUGACUGAAGCUUCAAAGGAAGAGGAUCAACCAUCGUCAGAAUUUGCUCGUAAAACAGCAGAGGAGUUGUCACAAAAAGUCCUUUCGAUCAGUAUGAACUUGGAUCAACCGUGGCAGCUUGAACCAUGGCAUGUACGAGUUGCCUUCCGUAAAGCUGGGAUUUAUUUACCUGAGGAGGCUCUUACACUUCCCUCUCAACCAAUCAUUGGACCAGAUCUCAACCUGCAGGGCAAAGAAUUUUUAGUCAGAGUAAAGAUCAACAAUAAAGAAGAAGCACCAGUGCGAUGCCGCAUUCAUCACUUUGCCACAAAUCCCCGUGAGCGGAUUCCAUGGGUAUAUCGGCACUGGGAGUUGCCAGCUGAGUCUCUCUUUCCAGAGGAAGCCCCUCUGCUUGAAGAACUUACAAAGAAAUAUCAUCGAACCCGUUAUCCAGACCAAGAAGAAGAAGUCUAGAAAAUGUAUUUGCUGUGUGUAAUAUCUUACACAGUACUGUGUAUGAAUCCCAACAGAUAUCCUCAUUUUACAUUUUAAAUAUUGGGAGUAGGUCAGGUAGUGAUUUGUUUAUGUAUAGUACAAGGUAAUAUACAGCAAUAAGGCUCAUUGCAUUGGGGUCAAAUGCAUUGACAGAUUGUCCUGGAUAUUGUUCUUGGAUUGUCAGACUAGUGAUAAAGGCUGUUGGUUGAAUAAAGUUACCUUGCCUUCACAAGUUGAGAAAAUUUUUUUUUUUUACCUGUAGCAUUUGGCCAUUAUACUUUAAGUUGACAUUCUUGUCUACAAUGAUAAAUACAACAGUGAUGAAAGCAGCAGACUCAGUGAACUGGAAAGAAACAUCACUUAAGAAACUUGUGUAAUUUAGUGGUAUUCAAAUAUGUUAAAGGUGUUACUCAUGAAUGAUUGAUGAAAUGCAUUUGAUCACAGGUACAGGGAUACUUAACACUGCGUACCAUGUGAAAGACAACUUAAUACAUGAAAUUAAAUAAUUUUCAAAACUGUUCCCAAUGGAAAUAUAUUAAAAUGCUUUGGUAUUAAUAAAUUGUGAUUUGCCUCUUGUCCAUCAAAAAGAUAUUUUGAGGACAGUAAUGUACUGUUAUUGAAGUAUUUUGUCAUCUUUUUUCCCCUCAAUGGAGGUUCCUUGACUCUGGUGAGGGUCUCAGUAGUAUCAGUUCCCAGUAGUACCAGUUACCAGUAACCAGUUACCAGUAGUAUGACUCACUACCAACCGUCUUCAUGAAUCACUGACUGUUAUUCAUGUUGCUGCUGACCAUAGCAUGUUUUUUACUGGUAACUGGUACUACUGGGAACUGAUACUACUGGAAACUGAUACUACUGAGAUGUCUAUGUGACUUUUCUUUACCCAAUCCAUGUAAUCGAACCCCCCACAUGAGAAGGGGCUCUUGAUGUAGGGAAUUGGAUCUGUGCUCCAGUUCCCUGAAUUCAGCCUGAAUACCUUCCUCCCCCCCCCCCUCACACAUGCACUCUAUAAUUCUAUGGGUUUAGCACUCCUCUAAGAUUAUAAUAAUAAUUAUCAUCUUUUUAA